AUGUUGCCAGAGGUGCGCUUCGGCCAUGUACGCGUUGUUUCUGCAGAGCCCGCUGCCCGGUGGCACCACGUCAGGCCCUCCACUGCAGCAGCAUUGCAGAGCCGGACUGGAGACCUGAGGGGCCUGGGCGCUGCAGCAAUCCCUGCCUUGGCAGACACAAUGAGCGUCUCGCCUCACUCCCACACCGAUCCUCAAUCCCAGGCGGCGGGGGGAAGUCCGCCAUGGUACCUCAAGGGACCGCAGGCAUCCCCGCCAGCACGCAGCAGCAGCCGCCCCUAGACGGCCACAGGCUUGCCUUCCGUGGUAGCUGCGUGGGGCAUGCGGGGGCCCGACCUUUGCUUUUUUUUUUUUCCCUCCUGCUAGUUGGCAUGUACGAAAAUGCGCCGGCACGGGUUGGGGGUUGAGGGACUUGAUCUAGUCAGUAACCAGUCUGUCGAUUCCGUAGCCCCACAGAGACUAAGCCGUAUUGCAUUGGAUCGACCAG